AUGGGUAAUAGACAAUCACAAAGACAACAUCAUGGCCAAGGUGGUCAUCGACCUCAUCCACACAAACUGGCCAACAAAUCAGCGAGUGAAAUUCGUCUUGCAAACGUUCAUGAUAAGAGUUUUUCAAGCUCUCUCUCAGAUUCACUUGAUUUUACGCACAUGUUCUCAAUGGGACAAAAUGAUAAAGGUCAACUCGGAAGAGGAAUCAUGAGUAAGGAUGACAUUGAAUCUUAUCCAUUAGGUCCAGUAUUGGAACUUCAUAAACCAGAAAGUGCAUCUCAUAGCGAUGAAGAACAACAAGAAAUUAACUCUCGUGUUCUCAAAGAUAUCAAGUUUGUAGCAACAGGACGUUCACAUUUAAUCAUGGUGACACAUUGCAACAAAAUCUAUGGUAUGGGGUUCAACAAUUAUUCCCAAUUAGGUUUCCCUCAAGAUGAAGAAAAUAUUCCUAGACUGAGAGAGAUUAUACUUCCUGAAAGUGUGACAACCAUUGAUGCUGUCGCUGCAGGUUGGUUCCACUCCAUUGUUGUGUGUGAUCAAAAUAAGAUAUUUGCUGCUGGUCACUCAUUCUUUGAUCAAACUUUUGAUGUCAAAAUGGAGUCACAUUUCCAGAGAUCCAUUCGAAUGGAUUUCUUACAGAGAGAUAAAUCCAAAGUCACAACUGUCAGUGCAUCCACCUUCUCGUCAAGUUUAGUAGUUGAUAAUUGGAAAAUCUAUGCUUGUGGUGAAAUGAAUGCGAAUUCCAACCCAACCAACUAUUUAGUGCCAGGUUGUGAAGUAUUCAAACGAGAAGCCAUCAAAAAGUUCAAACAUGCAGAUAAGGGACUUGUUGCAUUGUGUGAAAAUGGACGAGUUUAUUUUGCUACAAAAGAAAGACCAUUCCAUAUACUCAUGGAAAAUAUUCAUUCCAUCACACCCUCACACAUGUAUGAAACCACCUACACCUUGGAAGAGAGAUCAACAAUUUUGAGCGAAUGCGAUUUGGCACCUUAUACGAAGAGAAGUAAUAUCAACGUUGCUGCAUUUAUAGAAAAAUAUGGAAUGGAUAAUGUACAGCUCUAUUGUGGAUACUGCUUCUAUUAUUUGGUAGUCAAUAAGAAGAGAGUUUAUACCAUCAAUGGAAGUGAAUUGAAUGAAGUUCUUAAUUUGGAAGGAAUCUCAACUAGUAUUAACAUUAAGGAAGUAGUAGCCACAUCAGAUUGUUCCUACUUUAUAUUUGAAAGAUGUUUAUUUACUGCAGCUGAGCUUCUGAUGAAAUCUAGAUUGUUGGAAAACGAAAAGUUUGCUGACAUUGAGAUUAUUGCACCAUGUGACAACUUGGAAGAAUGUCUUGUAUAA